AUGAAGUUGCAUUCACUCUUUCAAGAGUACAAGUGUUUCUCCCCGUCCGCUUUUGCAACUAAUCCAUCGACAAUGAGAAAUGCUUCUAGUGGAGUAGAUGAAGAUGAAAUGGAUGAAGUUGGUGUGGAGUCUAAUAAUGAUGCUAAAUAUGGAGACGAUGUAGAAGAUUCGUCAACGAAGGAAGUGAAGUUUGACCCAAUAUUUGACAAUGAAUAG